GAUGAGUGAACGGUGUCGCUCGGCGUAUGACGCGAAAUAACCACGACUCUAGGGUCGGGAGACGGAAAGAGCUGAAGGACGCAAGCCUCUGAUCCCGUAUUUUGGGAAGUGAGCGGAGUAAGUGACAGGAGUCGCUAAGGAAUGGAAGCUGAAGGUGGAUGUCAAACCAUGGAGGAAAUCACUGAAAAGAAGGAAGUAGAAAAGAAGAAACGCUCUAGAGUGAAGCAGGUGCUUGCGGAUAUCGCUAAGCAAGUGGACUUCUGGUUUGGGGAUGCAAAUCUGCACAAGGACAGAUUUCUUCGAGAACAGAUAGAAAAAUCUAGAGAUGGAUAUGUUGAUAUCUCCCUUCUGGUAUCUUUUAACAAAAUGAAAAAGUUGACUACUGAUGGCAAGUUAAUAGCCAGAGCAUUGAAAAGCUCAGCUGUUGUCGAGUUGGACUUAGAAGGCACCAGAAUCAGAAGGAAAAAGCCUCUGGGUGAAAGACCUAAGGAUGAGGACGAGCGCACUGUGUAUGUGGAAUUACUUCCUAAAAAUGUUAAUCACAGCUGGAUUGAAAGGGUAUUUGGGAAAUGUGGCAAUGUUGUUUAUAUAAGUAUACCACAUUACAAGUCUACGGGAGAUCCAAAGGGAUUUGCCUUUGUGGAAUUUGAAACAAAAGAACAAGCUGCAAAAGCUAUUGAGUUUCUUAACAACCCACCAGAAGAAGCACCAAGAAAGCCUGGCAUAUUUCCCAAGACAGUGAAAAACAAGCCCAUCCCUAGCUUAAGAGUAGUUGAGGAAAAGAAAAAGAAAAAGAAGAAGAAAGGACGCGUGAAGAAAGAAGACAGUGUGCAGGAAAAGGAGGUGAGUAUGGACACAAGCAGCGUGAGUGCCUGUAAAGUGAAAAGAUCUAGGACCGCAUCCGAGGGCUCUGAAACGGAAAGUGUAGAACCCCAAAAGCAGCCCACGAAGAAAAAGAAAAAGCGGGACAGAGCCGAGGUGUCUGGCUUACCUGAGGAGAGACCCGCGAAGAAGAAGAGAAGCAGCUCUGCAGAUCUUGAAAGCCUGGCUCCUAAGUCAAAAGUCAAGAAAACAGCUCAGAAAGACAUUAAAAAAGAGGCUUCUGAAGUUCCGAAAGAAAACAGAGAUUUGGAAUUCUCCACAGAAGAGGAAAAUAUUGGAGACAUGAAAGAAGGUUCUCUAUUAAAAACCAAAAGGAAGCACAAGAAAAAACAUAAAGAGAGACAUAAAAUGGGAGAAGAAGUCAUACCGUUGCGGGUCCUAUCCAAGAACGAAUGGAUGGAUUUGAAAAAAGAGUAUUUGGCCCUGCAAAAAGCCAGCAUGGCUUCAUUAAAAAAGACAAUAUCCCAAAUAAAAUCAGAAUCUGAAAUGGAAACAGAUAAGGUGCCUAGUAGGGCUGCAGCGAAGAGUGAAGAAGCCAGGGGUCCAGAGUGUCACCCUCAGGAGAAAGUUAGCCCACCAGGGCCACAGUUCGUGAGUGGAGUCAUCGUGAAGAUCAGUAGUCCAGAGCCCCUGCCUGGCAGAAAGCAAGUCCGGGACACACUGGCAGCAAUCUCAGAAGUUGUAUAUGUUGAUCUGCUAGAAGGAGACACAGAAUGUCACGCUAGAUUUAAAACGCCAGAGGCGGCCCAGGCAGUAAUGAAUGGCCACACUGAAAUUAAAAAGAAGUACAGCUGGAAACUCGAGGUCCUUUCUGGUGAUCAUGAACAGAGAUACUGGCAGAAGAUUCUGGUGGAUAGACAGGCCAAGCUCAAUCAGCCUCGGGAAAAGAAGAGAGGCACAGAGAAGUUAAUCACCAAAGCUGAAAAGAUUAGGCUGGAAAAGACUCAACAAGCAAGUAAACACAUUCGAUUUUCCGAGUAUGACUGAAGAGUGGGGCUCACCUGUUCCACUGCAUCCUGGACAUCGUUUGACGACGAUAGCACCAUUUAAUGAAAGGAAAUACCUUAGCUCCUCAGCUUGUAAAUAAGACUUUUUUUUAGAGAUAAAUGCAUAAACACUUUUAUUUGUUGAAAUUAUAUGUCAACCUCAAGUGAUUUUUUUUUUUUUUUCCUCAAGUGAUUUUGUAUAUGCAUUUUGAACAUGAUCACUAAUUUUGGAGUACAUUGUUGUAGAAAUUAAAUACUUGAUGUAACAUCUAAA